AUGGCAGCUAAUACCGCAAUAUCUUCAGUGACGGAGCACCAUGCUGGUGAUAUCGAGGCACCGCUAUCGUCAAGCAGUGAUGCCAGGACCCCUUCCCCCCAGGAUGACGACCUGACCAUUUCAAAUGCGCCUAAGCUCCCGUUGCACCAUCUCUUCUGGUUCUUCUUCUACAAUUUUGGUCUUUUCGCCUGGGGUGGCCCGGUCGCCCAAAUUGCGCUUAUCAAAGAGAAACUGGUCAUCCAAGACAAGUGGAUUACACUCGCCAGAUUCCAGCGAGUCUUUGCCGUGUACCAGAUUCUCCCUGGCCCGGAAGCUGCCGAACUAUGCAUGUUUUUUGGAUGUCUAAGUGCUGGGAGACUGGGUGGCAUUGUUGCCGGGCUAGCAUUCAUCUUACCCGGCUUUGUGUUGAUGCUGGUUGCUAGCUACUUGUAUAGCUUGGCCGGAUUCGAGAAUAAGUAUUUCAAUGCCAGCUUUAGAGCAUUGCAACCCAUCGUGGCUGCCAUGAUUCUACGAGCUGUGCAUAAAAUAGCAGACCAUUCCAUUGUCAAGCCCAAGACGAAGAAAGUAGAUCCAUUCCUACUUAUUGCAAUGGUCUGCACCAUGAUUAAUAGCGCCAUGCGCAUCAAUAUCUUCAUUUCCCUCUUCAUCUACGGUAUUAUUUACAUGUUUGUCGCCCGACAACUUUGGAUUCCGGCAGGCAUUAUCUUUGUCCUCCAAUAUGUCGCGUACGCCAUCUACGUUGUCUUCCGUGGCGUUCCCUCACCGGUCUCUCUCGCGCUUGGAAUCGCCAAGUCACCAUCUCUCAUCAAUCUCUUUGUGCUCGGUUUAGUUGCUGGCACCCUUUCAUUUGGUGGCGCAUAUACUGCCAUACCAUUUAUCCAGGUCGAAGCCGUCCUCAAAGGCGGAUGGCUAUCUCAAAGGGUGUUCAUCGACUGCAUCGCUAUUGGAAACGUUCUUCCAGCUCCUCUUGUCAUUUUUGCAACAUUUGUCGGCUUCCAGGGUGGGCUUGCAGAUGGUGGUCUGGGAAAUGCAUUUGGCGGGGCUGUAGUCAUUACAAUCGGGAUGUUCUUCCCGUGCUUCCUGUUUACAAUUGCUGGGUUUGAUCUUCUGGAGAAGCUGGUUCACAACAAGUUCCUAGCAAGCUUCUUCGACGGCCUUUGCGGCGCUGUCAUCGGUGUCAUAGCGAUUAUCGCCUUCCAAAUUCUGAAAUCUAGCGUCGAGGGCAGCGAGCAGGAUUUCAAGCUUAAACCAGUGGAGCUGGCUAUCUCCAAAGCUGCAGACAGCGGGCCCGCGGCAGUGCUAUACAUACUUGCACUGGCUACGCUGUACAAGCUUAUCUUUAGCAUGGACUCGACGGGAGCUUGGGUUGACGACUCUCAAGACAAUGGCGAGUCGGCUGGUUUAUCUCAUAUCCAGCUGGUGUUGAACCAACGGCCUGAGCGAGACUUAACAGGAGAAAUAGCGAAGGAAAGUCGCAAUCCAGACUCGAGUCGCGUUCAGCUCGACGACUUUCGACCCAACGACAAACCAGCGCAGCCAUCACGCUUUCAGCUGAUGUUGGAAGAAAGGAUUGCAAAGGUUUUGGCUGCUCGAAAAUCUCUGGCGGCAUCCCAAUCCCCUAUAUCAAAUCUAGAGCCCGAAUCAGCAUCACAACACCAGCCACCACCACCACCAGAACACCAACCAUCACCUCCCUCAGAGCAAGAGAAGAAACAACAAAAACAACAGGAGCAACAGCCUGAGAAAAGACUGGGAAUAUCUGAACAGCAGCCAACCUCUAUCCCAAGCGUCGUGGGUGUAAAGAGAAACAUGGAUCAGGUAAACGCGUCAACCAGUGCUUAUAACUCCAACGAUACGGAGGCGCCAUCCAUGCCUCAUGAGCCCCCUACGAAGAAAGCAAAAAGCUCAAUGCCAUCGGAAGAAGGGGCCGUUUGUAUAUGCUCUAUAUCGACGGACUGUGAAAUUACAGCGGCCAACGGAGUGAAGGACUGCCGUGCAAAGUCACAACCUGCUAUCCGAAAAGCCUUUUCUAAAUCCAAGGGCACAGGGCUGAUACGCCAUGAGUACAUUUCUAAGAGGCGCCAAAAUGAGAUAGCUCGGUCAAACUCAGACAUACUUGAGAUCUUAUCUUUGAUUAAAAAGAUCGAAACAUUACAUGCACCCAACGACCUUGAAAGGUCCAUUUCUCGUUUAAGAGACCGGGUGCACUACCUUGCGCUUUAUGAGAUCCCUCCAUCGUCUAUUGAGACCAUCAAAGCCAGGUUCACUGACCCCAAAAAUGGUUUACCAGCCAUCAUCAGGAAUCGUGAACGUAUCCCCUGGGAUAUUCGUCUAGAUUGCGAGGUAAUUCUACAGCGAAUGGAAAGGGAUGAUUUCGAUGCCGACCUUUUGCGCGGAGUAUUGACUCGGAGAACACACAAAGAUGGAUUGAGGAGUGGCUUUUCUCGUGUUCUUGCAAAAGAUUACCCAUUUAAAUACCCAGCUACGUUCGUCGGAGAAAAGCAUCUACGUAACGGCCAGUGGUUUCCUUGGCAGAUCUGUGCUAUCCGAGACGGUGCCCAUGGCGAGAUAGAGGCAGGAAUAUCCGGAAAUAAGGCACUUGGAGCCGUCUCGAUUAUCCUGAGCUCCUCGGGUGGGAAUGACGCUUACGCCGAUGUCGAUCAGGGCGAUACAAUUUUGUACUGCGGAACACGCGGUAAGGACGGGGAGGUUACUGCCAAUACCGCUCUGCUGCUUGAUGCUGCAAACAGGAAGAGUGAUAUCCGUGUUCUUCGAAGCUCGAAACUGCCCAAGGUCAACCAAUAUCGGCCUGCUGAAGGAAUUAGGUACGAUGGCCUUUACACCAUCUGCGGUUACGAAGUUCUAGACGAGAAAAUGGCGUUGCAUCGGUUUAAACUUGAGCGAGUCGAGGGUCAGACGCCCAUUCGAUACCAAGGGCCAGGAGUCCGCCCAACAGCACGUGAAAUCGCAGAGUUGCGCAAGGUUGUUGACCAUAUUGCGAAAACGAAGCCGGUGAAACCGGUGAAGGAAUCGAGACGGAAGUGA